AGAGUGGUUGUUGAUAUCGAGUAGUCGGAGACGACAGCAAAGGAAUCUUACAUAACAAAUUGUCACGAUAUACUACAACGACAUACCUCUAGUACGAAAGAGAGCAGAUCGGAAGGACAAUUCAACAAGAGUCGUGUUAGUAGCUUUCACUACUGGUCUCUCUCGGCUCUCGAAUACUCUUCGAUCAUCGCAUAGAUUCCACAGCAGCCUCGGUGACUCAAGACACACACACAGGAGCACCAAAAGUCCCGCGGACUCCGACGACUCCAGGGCCAAGGAGUAACUCGCCGCCACCGGGGGCCCGACCUGCUGGGCAAUCUCCACCAGUGCAGGCGGCUGGUUUCUUUGGCCGCGACUCCGGGGACGAGCGGGUAGCCGGUGGUGGUUGUGACGGCCUGCGCGGGGAUCGAGAGAGGUCGAGCAUGAAGAGCUGGCACCGGCCGUGGGGGUCGUGGGGGUGGGCUGGAAGGCUUGUGGGGGCAUUGGUGGUAAUGGAUGGGAUCAAUCAGCGACCCGGGAGUGAUGAUGGUGGUGUUGAAUUCGACGCCGAGAUAAGUUGGAAGACGCAGGGAGAACCCGCGCGGGCGACUGGGCCCAAGCGGUCGCUGCGCCGAGAGCGGCGAGUGAGAUGGUCAUGCAUAGCGUACCAAGGAUACAGUCGACUCGAGCGGAUCAUCGCAGCGAUGAUGCGGGCACUUGUACGCCAGGCUUUCUCGCAACGUUGCGGUGGUUUGAAUGAGAUGCGGCCUCGAUUAGGGGAGGAUUCAUAGUACAAUAAAAAGGGCAAGUCCCCACCGCUGCCGGUCGCCUGCAAUCCAGGCGGAUUGCAGGCGGAUUGCACUCGGAUCGCACCCCACUUUACAGAAUAGUUGGUGCCGUCGUGCAGACAUGGCAUGGU